UCGAGUUCAUUUGAAUCUGGUAAGGAGGGAGUGGAGGUCACUGCGAGCUGCUAUUUCUCCCGCUGCCUCAGAACAACACAGUCGAUUCCCGUUAGGCACCGACUGUAUGGGCAGAAUAACAGCUUUUUUUGACAGCACUGAGUACCAGUAUUUCUUAUUACCGAAGACAGUUUGCGAGUAGAUACCUACACAUCAACGAGCAAUUUUAUAUUCGUCUCAAGUGUUGUCUGUAGUGAGCAGGAUGCAAAGUGAGAAGUAGCAGCUACCUUUGAGGAAAAGAAAGUCCAAAUAAAGAUCAGAACCUACAGUCAGUAUUAUCGUUACUGUUAUAAGUAAUUUCAAAUUUGCCAAAUUAGCUAGUUUGAUAGUUGGCCAGCAUCAUGACUCGGAGAUCAUGUGCAAUUUACGCUACUGGGUUUGUCUGCGCCCAUCUACUGAUAGUGGGCAUCGCCUUGGUCGUGGCUCAAGUCUUCCAAACAAUGAUUUACAAUCGGCUAAAAAAGGAAUUGACCUUGACUGAAGCGAGCCAAGUAUUUGAGUCGUGGAAGAACCCGCCUCCUCCAGUCUACAUGGAGUAUUACUUCUUCAACGUGACCAACCCUGAAGUGUUCUUAGCAGGGGGCAAGGCAGCGGUCACCCAGAUUGGACCUUACACUUACAGGGAAUACAGACCCAGGGAAAAUGUAACUUUCCUUGAAAAUGGAACCAAGGUUUAUGCCCUGAACCCCAAAAGCUUUGUCUUCGUCCCAGAGAAGUCCCGGGGUAAUCCAGAGGUCGACAUUCUGAGGACAGUCAACAUCCCAGCUGUGGCGGUGAUGAGCGAGCUGAACUCCUACUCCUUCCUGCUGCGUACCUUCGUCUCCAUGUGGAUGAACUCCAUCGGUGUGGAAAUCUUCAUGACCCGCACCGUUCACGAGGUGCUAUGGGGUUUCAAGGACCCUCUGCUCUCCAAAAUCCACGCCAUGAAGCCAGAGGUGGACGAGAUGUUUGGACUGAUGUGGAAGAAAAAUGGAACUCACGAAGGAGAGUUUGUGUUCCUGACUGGCGAACGGGACUACAUGGAAUAUGGCAGAAUAGACACAUGGAACGGGCUGACUGAAAUGUCAUGGUGGUCCUCUAACCAGAGCAACAUGAUCAACGGCACGGAUGGCAGUGUGUUCCACCCUCUGUUAUCCAGGAAAGAGCUGCUGUACAUCUUCGCUGCUGACCUCUGCAGGUCUAUCCAUCUGGGUUAUGUUGAGGAUGUGGAAGUGAAGGGCAUCCCAGCCUACCGCUUCGCCCCUCCACAUGACGUCCUGCAGAGUCCUGAGGAGAACCCUACCAACGCCGGCUUCUGUGUGCCAGCUGGGGACUGCCUUGGCACCGGGGUGCUUAAAGUCAGUGUUUGCCGAGAAGGUGCUCCUAUUGUGGUGUCAUUCCCCCACUUCUAUCAGGCAGAUGACAAGUACAUUAACGCUGUUGAAGGACUGAGCCCCAACAAGGAGGAGCAUGAGACUUACCUUGACCUUAAUCCAACCACUGGUGUCCCCAUCCGUGCCUGCAAGAGAGCCCAGCUCAAUAUCAUUUUGAACAGAGUUCCAGGCUUCCCCAAAACCAAACAUCUAAAGGAGAUAAUUUUCCCUAUCAUGUUUGUCAAUGAGACGGCCACUAUCGACGAUGACUCUGCUGCCCAGAUGAGGACCCUGCUGCUCAUCGUGACCCUGGUGUCCAACUUCCCUUUGCUCAUCGUGGGCAUGGGCGCCAUCCUGCUCAUAGUCUUCGUCAUCCUGGUCUGCAGGUCUCGCCAGAAGAAGAAUGAAGUAAAACGUAUUGAUUUUACUGAAGCUUUUCAUUCUUUUACUACGGCAAAAGACGAAACUGCCUACACACAAGUCAGCGAUAAACCAGAGGUUGAACCAUCAGACAACAACCACACCAACCAGCCAAUGAGGAACGGCUCCUACAUCGCCAUGUCUCCUGUGGAGGCUCAGAAGUGUUGAUGGAGGCUGCAGUGUGUGGAGGGGAGGGGCAGGCGGAGCAGCCUGGGCGUGGUAUUAUAACCAAGGCAGGGUUUUGCAGUGAGGACAGGGGUUUUCACUUUUGGGGACUGUCCUACUCUCCUGCUGAGCAUGGCCUUUCUUCCUGCCAUAGUGCAAAACAACAUCUCCGGUCUACUACUAUUGUCACUCUUCUUGUUCCUGUCGAGCUCAGCACUGGGUUCAUGACGGAACACUAGUUAUCUCAGCCAGGACAAAAGGUUUUUUGAGUUUUUUCUGCACUUUGAGGGAAUAAGUAGAAUAUUAGGCAGUAUUCUCAGUGAUCAACAACCACUGAGCAACCACUAUCAGCCUUCUAACAGGGCUCAAAGAGCACUGACUGACUCUAGUAUUUACCUGAACAAUGAAGACCAGAGGGUCCUCUAACAUUUCUUUGUAUCAGUAUUUGUGAGGUUACCUCCAAAACAAGCAAACAGAUUAAAACCUUUGCUCCUAAAGUGAAAUAGUAUGACUAGUAGUAUUCCCUCCCUCCCUGUAACUGAGUUUAGUGACUCAGAAUGUGGUUUUGCUAACAAAACUGUGUACUUACUUACCAUAUCCUUUUUGUAGAAAAAAACGAUAGAAGGAAAAAAAAAUGAAAUGGACUGAGCCAAACUAUUUAUAUUAUAUUUUGCAUUUUCCUGAGAUAAAUCAGUCAGUUCACGUACCCAAGUUGUCAUCAAACAGAAUUUGUGACUGUGUGUGUGUGCAUGUCUUACACUGUAGUGUCCUGUUUUGAUUGGACUGUUUUGAUUGGACUAUGGGUGACUAUUUUGCUUGACGCAGGCACUGUGUAGUAUGACAACUGAGAGUUAACACAGCAUUUUUGGAAACAUUUUGAAGACAUGUCAAAGUCCUCAGAAGAUAAGGCAUUAGUAGAUAGCUGCUUUUCCCAUUGUGUUGUUAGGGGAUUGUACCUAUAGCCGAAGUAGAUAUGCCGUAAACUUGAAUCUAAUAUUCAAAAUGGAAGACAAACCUACAGUACAAGGGAGACUUGAACCUACUUUCUGCCUUACAAUUGUUCCGUUUGUUGGUUCUUUAUGUGGAUAUGGUAAAAAGCUGGAUAUCUUAGUUGUACAUACGUAAUGGGGAAAUGUUAGCUACCUCUGACCUAAUCCAGCAAGUAGUCAAAGGUGUGUCUAAGACAAACAUUUUUUAAACAACAGUCGACCCACAUUGUGUGUCUGUACUAAUACUUAGGAUGAGCACAAUUUGGAUUGCUAAUACAGUCCUCAUAACAAGGUAACAGGUCUUCACAUAGACUGUACCCUGCUAGAAGCAUAUUAUACAUGUUAUAUUUACAUUUUUUGCAUUGUUUUGUUACUUAACUCUGCAUUGUUGGGAAAGGGCUCGUAAGUAAGCAUUU